GUGACUCCAACACGGCUGAGCGAGUGGGAGGGAGGCCUGGGAAGCAAAACAUGGCGAGAUAACAAGUUUGGCUGUUCGCUGCAGUUUGAGAAUGCAGAAUAUUUCCUGCAGUGCUGGAAUAGAGAUAGAACUUCUACAAUUUGGACGCCGGACAACUGAAGCGACGUUUAUUUUCAAACGUAUCGACGGUCCCCAGCUGUAGAGUAAUUACGGUGAACAAGCGCCUGUUUUUUCCUCUCCGGAAGGUUCGCGGUGGUAAGGCUCGACUGUCACAGCGCAGAAAAUGGAUGAAGAAGGAAAGUUUAUCCUGGAAAACGCUGUUUAGCUUGUUAGCUUAGCCGCUAUAUCGCGCGCGCUCAUUGGCACCUGACUUGUUUUGGAUCGCCUCGCGCUCCAGCAGACGUUGAGGGAUAUUUAACAAGUUUGACAGCUGACGUCGGUAACAAACCUGCGUGACAAUCGAAGACGCCGUUUAAUUUAAAAAUUUAAUUUUGUAAAUACUCCAUUUCAGGUUGGUGGUGACGGACCGCCAGUGUUCUGGUGCGGACGGACCCAGGCGCCAUCACAUCAAACGUUGCGUUCUCGCUUAAAAAGCUGCAAUUCCGUCACUGAGCUGUAGCGUUAACUCUUUUUUGACUGUUUUUAAUGUAAGAAAUGAUAUGCGACGCAUAUUGUAAUUUUUUCCCUCUGUAAUCACAUUAUGUGGGAUGUGCACGAGGAAAUUGACACCGCGUUUUGUCAAAAUGAGUCGAGUGAGGUGUUGCAUUAUCUACCCAUCUAUGGCCACAUCAAUCAGUCUGUCACAUCUUUGAUUUUGAGUUAUUUGAACAUUAAAUAGCUGCUGGCCACAGUUGACGUGUGCUGGGUACGUCUGUGGCACUUUUGUGUGCGAUGUGUUUGCUAAUCUAAGUGCUACCGGUGGUGUUCACUUUUCCGUAUCGUGAACAGACCGUUUGCUCUGUUGUCCCCAAAGAUAAGUAAUUGGCAGCUCCAGCUGAUUUCCUCUUAAGUACGUCUUGGUGUUAGGUGGCUAACUUUUGUUAGCCUACGUAAGUUUGGUCAGCAAUGUCUGAAAACGCCCCCACACGGAGCCUGGAUGAUAUCGACCUUGCAGCUCUGAGGGAUCCAGCAGGAAUCUUUGAGCUGGUUGAGGUGGUCGGAAAUGGGACCUAUGGGCAGGUGUAUAAGGGUCGUCACGUGAAGACAGGCCAACUGGCUGCCAUCAAGGUGAUGGAUGUUACAGAAGAAGAGGAGGAGGAAAUUAAAGCAGAAAUCAACAUGCUGAAAAAAUACAGUCAUCAUCGCAACAUAGCCACGUAUUAUGGUGCCUUUGUCAAGAAGAGUCCACCAGGACACGAUGAUCAACUUUGGCUGGUGAUGGAGUUUUGUGGGGCGGGCUCAGUGACUGAUCUGGUGAAAAAUACAAAGGGCAGCUCUCUAAAGGAGGACUGGAUUGCUUACAUCUGCAGAGAAAUACUAAGGGGCCUUUCUCACCUCCAUGCUCAUAAAGUCAUCCACAGAGACAUCAAGGGCCAGAAUGUGCUGCUGACAGAGAACGCAGAGGUCAAACUUGUUGAUUUUGGGGUGAGUGCUCAAUUGGACCGGACUGUUGGGCGUAGGAAUACCUUCAUUGGCACACCCUACUGGAUGGCACCAGAGGUUAUUGCGUGUGAUGAGAACCCUGACUCCACCUAUGACUACAGGAGUGACAUCUGGUCCUUGGGGAUUACAGCCAUUGAGAUGGCUGAGGGAGCCCCUCCCUUGUGUGACAUGCAUCCAAUGAGGGCCCUUUUCCUGAUUCCUAGGAAUCCCCCUCCGAAGCUCAAAUCCAAAAAAUGGUCCAAGAAAUUCAUUGAUUUUAUAGAGGGUUGUCUUGUAAAGACGUAUCCAAGCCGACCAUCCACAGAGCAGCUACUCAAGCACUCCUUCAUCAGAGACCAGCCUACCGAGCGCCAGGUCCGAAUUCAACUGAAAGACCACAUUGACCGUACACGCAAGAAAAGGGGAGAGAAAGAAGAGACAGAGUAUGAGUACAGUGGCAGUGAUGAGGAGGAUGAAAAUCGUGGAGAUGACCGGGAAUCAAGCUCUAUCCUUAACGUGCCUGGUGAGUCCACACUAAGACGAGACUUCCAGCGUCUGCAGCAGGAGAAUAAGGAGCGCUCGGAGGCUCACAAGAGGCAGCAAGCCCAACUAGCUGCUCAACGCAGAGACCCCGAAGAGCACAAGAGGCAACUGCUGCAUGACCGACAGAAACGCAUUGAAGAACAAAAGGAACAGCGCCGCCUACUUGAAGAGCAACAGAGAAAAGAGCGAGAGAUGGUGAGGCAGCAGGAAAAAGGUCCCCAUCGAAGACUUGACAAUAUGAGACGAGAGGAAGAUAGAAGGUUGGCUGAGAGAGAGCAGGAGUUUAUCAGACAUAAGCUCGAGGAAGAGCAGCGGCAGUUAGAAAUCCUUCAGCAGCAGUUGCUUCAGGAGCAGGCUCUGCUUAUGGAGUAUAAACGUAAGCAACUUGAGGAGCAGCGUCAGUCAGAGCGGCUGCAGAGACAGCUGCAGCAGGAGCAUGCCUACCUGGUGUCUCUGCAACAGCAGCAGCAAGAAAAGAAGCCUCAGCUCUACCACUAUAACAAAAACCUGGAGGCUAACAACAAGCCUGCCUGGGCCCGUGAGGUGGAGGAGCGCAGUAAGCUCAAUAGACAAGGCUCACCGAAAAUCUGCACCACUGUCUCUGAUACUGCCAUCCAGUCACGCUCAGACUCAAUCAGCCAGUCAGGAGUCCAAUCUGCUCAAACUCCCCCAAUGCAGAGGCCUGUGGAACCUCAAGGAGGGCAGGGCAAGUUUCAGAUGGCACACUUGGUUCCUCUGAAGCCUUAUGCUGCCCCUGUCCCUCGCUCCCAGUCCCUUUGCGACCAGCCGACUAAGACGAUGUCCGCCUUCCCCACCCAGGAUCCCUCCCUUACCCCUGCACCCCGCCCUAUCCACUCCAGAGAGCUGGUCCGUCAAAAUUCAGACCCCACCUCUGAAACGCCUGCACCACAGGCACACCAAAUCAGAGAGGAUCGUGGCCCCUGGAUUCGCCUGCCAGACGUAGAGCUGCCACCCAAGAUUCCUCAGAGAACAGCAUCUAUUGCUACAGCUCUCAACACCAACUUGACCUCUGGUAUAAGACAUCCAGUAAGAGCUAGUAACCCAGAUCUCAGCCGCAAUGAUCGUUGGGAGAGAGGAGACAGUAUGAGCGUUGUGUCCAACCUGCCUCAGACUGGCUCUUUAGAGAGGCACCGCAUCCUCAGUUCUUCCAAAAUGGAUUCACCAGUUCUCUCCCAUGACAGCCGUCACAAGCCAGGGGAGUCUCGCACCUCUUCACGGCCUGGACGCCCAGCUAGUUACAAGAGGGCCAUAGGAGAGGACCACGGCCUGUUUGCUAAGGAACGUGCUGAGGAGCAGCCGAGGCCUCCAGUCAAGGCCAAUGAUUAUUCCUCCUCUUCAGAAAGCAGCGAGAGUAGUGAGGAAAGUGAGACUGGUGAAGGAGCAGAGGAAGAAGAAAGCCCCACAGAUUGUCACAGAGAUGCAGACACUGAUUCAGUUAACACCAUGGUGGUUCAUGAAGAUGAGGGAGAAGUGGGGGAGGGAGAGCAGGCUGGAGGAUAUGGGGAUCAGACCAUGCUGGUGCAGAGGACCCCAGAGAAGCGGAGUCAUAAUGGAUACACUAACCUGCCAGAUGUGGUGCAGCCCUCACACUCCCCGACCGACUCAGCCACUCACUCUUCCCCUGGCAAGGACUCUGUGUAUGAUUAUCAGUCCAGAGGUUUGGUUAAAGCAUCUGGCAAGUCCUCCUUCACCACAUUUGUGGAUCUGGGAAUGUACCAAUCACCUGGAGGUACAGAGGAGAACAUGCCUGUCACUGGAUCCAGGUUUGAACAGCUGAAGAUGGAGGUGAGAAAAGGAUCUAUGGUGAAUGUCAAUCCCACCAACACACGGCCUCCCAAUGACACACCAGAGAUUCGCAAGUACAAGAAAAGAUUCAACUCUGAGAUCCUGUGUGCUGCGCUCUGGGGUGUAAACCUCUUGGUGGGGACAGAGAAUGGUUUAAAGCUCCUGGACCGUAGUGGUCAGGGUAAGGUCUACCCUCUCAUCAACUCCCGCAGGUUCCAACAGAUGGAUGUCUUGGAGGGCUUGAACCUGCUUAUCACUAUAUCAGGGAAGAAGAACAAGGUGCGUGUGUAUUAUCUGGCCUGGCUGAGGAAUAAGAUCCUACACAAUGACCCAGAGGUGGAGAAGAAGCAGGGCUGGACCACUGUGGGGGAGAUGGAGGGGUGUGUGCACUACAAAGUGGUGAAAUAUGAGAGGAUAAAGUUCCUGGUGAUUGCUUUGAAAAAUGCAGUGGAAGUUUAUGCCUGGGCCCCCAAACCUUAUCACAAAUUCAUGGCCUUCAAGUCAUUUGCAGACUUGCCACACAGGCCUCUGCUGGUUGACCUGACAGUUGAGGAGGGACAGAGGUUGAAGGUCAUCUACGGUUCAUGUGCUGGUUUCCAUGCCAUUGAUGUUGAUUCUGGAAAUAACUAUGAUAUUUAUAUCCCUGUACAUAUCCAGAGCCACGUGAUGCCACAUGCAAUUGUGUUCCUCCCGAGCUCAGAUGGCAUGGAAAUGCUGCUGUGUUAUGAAGACGAGGGCGUCUAUGUGAACACGUACGGACGCAUCAUCAAGGACGUGGUUCUGCAGUGGGGCGAGAUGCCCACAUCUGUUGCUCAUAUCUGCUCCAAUCAGAUCAUGGGGUGGGGAGAGAAGGCCAUUGAGAUUAGAUCUGUUGAGACCGGCCACCUUGAUGGUGUUUUUAUGCACAAAAGAGCUCAGAGGUUGAAGUUCCUUUGUGAGAGGAAUGACAAGGUGUUCUUUGCAUCUGUGCGGUCUGGAGGAAGCAGCCAGGUGUACUUCAUGACCUUGAACAGAAACUGCAUCAUGAACUGGUGAAGGAACAGCUGCUUUGGUGUGCGUGUGUGUGUGGUGGAAGGGGAGAAGCGCAUCCAUAUUCCCACAAACACAUGCGCUGCACCCCUCGUUUGUCUCCAGCUCUCUCUCAUUCAUGCCCCAAAGACAGGCAAACUGAACACAGUCAUUAAAUCCAUUCCAGCCUUCACUCGUUGAGAUACACUUUGUACCGAGCUGUGCUGGAAUAUCACAAAAAAUAGACAAGCUUCAGGUGUUAAUAAUGUCUACAGAUUUGUACUGUACAUACUCUGGUCUUGAUUUGCUUUACUUGGUGGAUUUGUGUUCAGUCAUCCCUGUUUAAUUCAUAAUCGUGGAGUAAACAUUCCUUGAUGGGUUCUACAGUACACUUUGAGGAAGCUGUUAUUUAUCACCAUGUCAGAACGUAGCUGUAAAUAGAAAGCAUGAGGCUUGGAAGCAUUUGCACAGCCGCCUCUGUUCAGCGUGUUCCCACAGGACGUGUGGAUGUCAAAGUAGUA